GCAAACGUGAAAGCUGCAUAAGCAGACUGUAUUCUCUCCCUGGUGUUACAGAACCGACUGCAAUGCACAAAAGAAAGCACUGGGAAAAGAAACGGGGGGGGGGGGGGGUGGAGCAUGCAAGCACCGAUUCUAUGACGCAUUAAGAGUAAGAAACUGAUAGCUUUUCAUUUUUCUCGCAUGCAAUUAACACCCCCAUACACUUGCAUGCUCCACAGAAGACUGUAUGAUACUCAGUAGACUGUUAACUGUCGAGCUUAUAUUAGCUGUUUAUCCUUUUAUUUCAUCAGAUUGUGGGCGACUGUUGCGACCCACUCCUCCCAGUAGUCCCUGCAGAUCUAGCACUGGGAGUAGCCCAGCACUGUAACAUGCAGUGUCUCUCUGUGGCCACCAGAGGGUUCCUGCUGAGUUUACAGAGAGGGUUCUGAAGCAGUUCUGCAUGCUGCCCAGCGACUUCCUUUCAUAUCCAACCAUAAACUGCAGCCUGCUACACUCUGGGAGACGGAGGUCCUCAACAUCUCUAGUGCAGCCAUGUCCACGACAGGUUUGACUGAAUAUUUAUUCUUUCAUGGGAUUUUCAAGGCUGUAUGUGUAACAAGCAUGAAACUAUUAUCCUUAUUCAUAUUAUCAUUAUUAUUAGAAUUAUUUUAUGUUUGGUUUUUAAAUGUGUAAUCAUUUUAUGAUUUGCUUAAGUGCCAAGAGCCAAUUUACUGCUGAUGCAUGUUAUAACAGGGAGUUUCUUUUCAGUAAAAAUCCUCACUGGGAUGAAUAAUUGAACAAUACUCAUAAAUUAUGUUUCUCUGAAACUGCAGAAUAUGUGUGGCAGAGAGAAAACAGCAGAAAUAAAUACAAGCUGCCAGCUCAGCCACUUGGGUGUGAGCGUUCAGCAACAUGAACGCCGCAUUAUUGACGCCCAGAUACUCGUAACAAUCUGGCAUCAGACAUGCUUUAUAUUUGCAAAACCACUGUUUUUAAUUUUCUUUAACCAUUUUAACGUGUCAAACAAUCAUCAUAGCUGUCAUUUCUCUCUGUGCUGUGAGGAGACCCCUGUAUCAUGCUGCUUGCUUGCGACACACUUAUUUUUUCAUGGUGCAUCUUUUUUUCUGCUGAGCAAAGAUGCUGCAUUGAGCUCCUCUCAGAGGAAAAGAAAAAACCUCCUGAGGAGUUGUGGAGCCACGCCUUCAGAUGUGAAGAGCUGCCAGCCUCGCUAUCCAUGGUGCUGAACACACGCCUCUCAAGCUUAUUGCUGUCGCCGCACUCAAAGCUGCAUGUUUCAUCUGUUCUCUAUAACUGCCCCUCCUCUCUCUUUGCAGAAACUAUGUUUCCAGACCGAAGUAACUUUGAGUAUGAUUAUGACACAUUGCGGACUACGGGGAUGGUCCUUGCAGUAAUCAUGUUCGUUUCUGGCAUUUUAAUAGCCCUCAGUAAAAAAAUCACAAAUUGUGUAAAAUCCUCACCCAAUUCCAACUCAUCUGGUACCCAGAUCCCAAAGACAGAGGUGCCUCCUCAGACUGUGUAGAGAACACAAUCUCUACCUGAAAGGGGGGAUGCCGUCACAGGAACCACAGCAGCCAAUGCACACAUACGCUGGUUACCUGUGACGGCUCGAUGAUCAACAGCAUCCUGACCUGGUUUUAUUUAGUCUCCCACAGCGUCCUGUCAAAAGUCUUUCAAUAAGUUAUUGUUUAUUAAUGUGAGUGUUGGGAAUAAAAGAAAAAAUAUGAUCAACCAUGA